CGCCAAGUAGGCACAACCCUGCGCUGGCUGUAUAAAGCGCAAUUUCAUCCUUAGGCCAAGGUCUUUGCCACUGUAACUGCUGAACGGCGACAGAUCUAAUCCUCGGCCCGCAACAAUGGUGAAUGUACCUAAGACAAAGAAGACCUACUGCAAAUCCAAGGAAUGCAAAAAGCACACCUUGCAUAAGGUCACACAAUACAAGAAAGGAAAAGAUAGUCUAGCUGCCCAGGGAAAGCGUCGUUAUGAUCGUAAGCAGUCAGGUUAUGGUGGACAGACGAAGCCCGUCUUCCACAAAAAGGCAAAAACUACAAAGAAGAUUGUCUUAAGGUUGCAAUGCCAGGGGUGCAAGCAUGUCUCUCAGCACCCAAUCAAGAGGUGCAAGCAUUUUGAGAUUGGU